UAGAAAUGACAAGCUACCCUUUGAUAGGUGGAGAGAAGGGAAAACUAUUCAGAGGAUUGAGAGGAAAAUGAAAAGAGAAAUGGAUACUUGUGAUAAACGUAUGGAAACCAUAGUUAUAACUGCAUCAUUUUAUGAUGAUAUACAUAAGUUUGUAUCAAGUGUUGGUUGGGACCUUAUCUUUGGCUUAAACUUGUUGCUAAGGAAACCAGAUGGUGCAUGGGACCCCAGCAAUGCUGAAGAACUGAUGAAGUACACAGUACAGUCAGGAUAUAAAAUGGGAGGCUGGGAGCUAGGCAAUGAACCAAAUAAUUAUGGUCGCAAGUUUGGAUGUAAAGUAGGCGCGAGACAGCUAGUGAAGGACUUCCAUACUUUAAACAGUUUAUUAGGAGAAUAUCCUCAGUUUGAUGAUACUGAAGUGUUAGGCCCAUCUGUCACACAGUUAAGUACUGAUGAUUAUUUUCAAAGAUUCGUAAAUGCUGGUGGAGGAGAAGUUGUUACAGCACUAACAUACCACCAAUAUUAUGAAGAUGGAAGUGUUGCAAAACUUGAAGACUUCUACAAUCCUUAUAUCCUUAAUAUACUGUAUAGACAGAUACAAAAAGGGAUGAACCUGACCAGGGCUGCUGGUACUAAAGCAAAGCUGUGGCUGGGAGAAACAAGUUCAGCAUGGAGGAGUGGUGCCCCUGGGCUCUCAGAUAGAUAUGUAGCUGCAUUUAUGUGGCUGGACAAAUUAGGGAUGUCGGCAAGAGAUGGUUUCAAUGCAGUUGUCAGGCAGUCAUUUUAUGGAGGCAAUUAUUCUCUUCUAGAUAAUGAAACCUGUGCUCCUAACCCUGACUACUGGUUGACAGUAUUGUUCAAGUUACUUGUUGGGAACAAAGUGCUGAGAGUUAUUUCCCCUGACAGUCUAGGGAAAAUAAGGGCAUAUGCUCACUGUGCUGAAACCAGAAAAUCAGGUUAUCCAGAGGGUAGUGUGACAGUGUAUGUGAUGAACAUUGACCAGUCCCCAGUUACUAUUGAACUUCCAGAUUUUGCUAGAAACUCACCGUUACAUGUAUAUAACAUGCUCCCUGCAGACGAUGAUUUAUUAUCAAAAUUUGUUUUACUGAAUGGCAAAAAGCUUCAAAUGGAAGACGACAAAACCAUACCAAAUUUACUACGUCCUGUAAAGACUACAAGAACAGUGUUGAUUCCCGCCUUGUCAUAUAGUUUCAUUGUGGUUCCAGAUGCUAGAUUACACUGCUGUAUGUAAAUGAAUUUGAAAUGUAACAGAACAUUGCAGGGUUAUUUUGUUUCUUUGUUUUUAUGCCCCCGGGCAUAUAGUAAUUGAACCGUCCGUCUGUCUGUCUGUACGAGGUUAACCUAGAACGGCAAGUUGGAUUUUUCUUAAGUUCUACCUGUACCAAUGGCUUUAUAAUUUCCACACUUACUUAUCAAUACAAAGUACAUGAUGUUGCCAAGUUAUAUAACUGUGUCAUCCAUAUUUCCCAGUUAUUUCCCUUUUUUCACUUUGAAAAUAGGGCCUUGUCUGGUAAACCUUAUUUCGGCAAGUUGGAUUUAUCUUCAAUUUCUCCUAAUUGCUUAAUUUCUUUAAUGAUAUCUUUCAUUCAUUUUUAGUAAGUGGAUACCUUUGAUGGUCCUCUAAUUUUUUGCAGAGUAAGCGGUCUCUAGGGUCAAGGUCAAGGUCACUGGUUUAAAAAGUAAAUACGUUUUUGCUCAUACAGCCUUUAUUUUUUAGUUGAUGUCUUAGUUUAAUACAAACAUGCCAAGGGAGGUCCUCCUUCUUUGGGUGUAGUAAGGGGUCAUUUGGGUCAAGGUCACUGUUACCAAUAUCAAGGUCGCCAAUGUUAAAAAUAGAUUUUUACAUUUUUACAGGUGUAUUGACCUUAUUCUAUAGACAGAUGCUAUUUAUAAUUGAUAGAAACAUAAACUUUGAUGGAGUUAGUGGUCAGUUGGGUCAAGGUCACCAGUGCUAUAAAUAGAUUUUUACACAUUUGCUCAUACCUUUAUUAAGUGACAGAUAUAUUUUAUAUUUGGUAGGAAGAUAUUAUGGUAUUCAUCCUUUUUAUUGGGGUAGAGAUCAGUGGGUCAAGGUCACUUGUGCUAAAAAUAGAUUUUUACACUUU